ACGAGAUGCAUCACGGGAAUCACUCCGGGUGAUCCGGCUGCUCGCCUUGAGGGUGUGAAAUCGACAUCGUUGCUCGUUUGAAGUCAAGUCGAUAAACCAGACCCUGCUUCAAGCCGUCAAGUUGAUGAUAUUUCUAAGUCUUCGCUGAAGCUCCGUCUAACUGUUACCCCCGGCGCAUCAAGCUCGCCGAUCAAACGAACCAAUCUUUCCUUGACAUCGACUUCAUUGCUAGCAAGUCUCGAUCUCCAAAAGCACUGAAUUAUCAAGAUUAAGAUAAGAUGGCUUCAACCGCGGAAGAUUUCGUUCACCCGAUCAUUGGGCAAGUGAAGGGCCAAGUAUCCGACAGCGUGAUCCAGUUCCUCGGCCUCAAGUAUGCUACUCUAGAGCAUUGGUUCGACGAUGCGAAACUCGUUCAGUACGAUGGUAGUGGAAUGAACGCUACAUGCUAUGGACCGCAAGCCAUAUCCGACCCAGAGGGAGUCAAGAAUGAACACAUGAUCAUUCAGAAGUCGCUCCCAACAGCCGAGUUCCCCGGUUUGUCGGGGACUGAGUGUCUCAACCUGAAUCUGACAGCGCCCCUGAAUGUUGGAUACUCAGAGCAAGUGCCGGUUCUAGUUUUCAUCCACGGCGGAGGCUUCGGCACGGGAUCCAACUGGUGGCCUCAGUACGACACUAAGCGCAUAGUCCAAAGGGCUAACAAGCUUGGAAAGCCCAUCAUCGCUAUCAACAUCAAUUACCGCCUCGGGAUUCCUGGAUUUCUAACAUCAAAAGAGCUUCGCAAGGAGGGGUACAAGAGCAACCAAGGCCACCAUGAUCAGAGGACGGCUUUGGAGUGGGUGGGAAAAUACGUGUCGGGAUUCGGGGGAAAUCCUGAACGUGUGACCGUUGUAGGCGAAAGCGCUGGCGGCAUCUCGGCGAGUCGUCUGUUAUACUCUGAAAAAGCUCUUGCCUCUCAAAUCAUCAUCUUGGGAGGCUCGCCGCCGACCCUCGCACCUCUGGAUCUCGGAAUGGCUGAGCAGGCCUACAAAGGCGUUCUCAAAGCUUCGGGAGCUGAAGAUGUGGGUUCGAGUGAACGUAUCAAGAUCUUGUCAAGGGCAUCCGCCGAGGAGCUGUCCUCGAAGAUUGGCAGAAGCCUUCCUUUUUUGCCGGUUCUCGAUGAAGGAACGGUCCCGUUCGUGCCGACCUUCGAAACAGCGUCAGCUGGGAAGCUAGUUCCCAAGACAACUUCUUGUAAAGCUAUCAUGGUCGGGUAUGCUCCCUUGGAUGCGAGCAUAUUUGGGUUUAUGGGUCUUUUCCAACGCAAGAAGAAUAUCGCAGCCUCAUUCACGCAAAUCAUCAACGCAGCUUUGUCACACCAUGUCGGCACAGCUGCGCAGAUUCUGCAGGCAUACGACAUUAAUGACACCACAAAUGAUGAUGAGGCUUUCAUCCGAGUUCUGCAGUUCGCAUCUGAUAUCGGAUUUCGGGCGCCGGCAGAGUCAUUUGCCAACAGCUUUCACGGCGACUCCUAUUUGUUGGAGUUUGCCGAGCCCAACCCGUGGGAAGGACCAUUUAGGGGCUACAGCACCCACGUCCUCGACGUGGCAUUCCUCUUCCAAAACUAUAACGAACAUCUCGGAGAGACGCAGCGAAAGUCCGCCGAAUCAUUCGUCACCGAUAUAAUUGACUUUGUUCAUGGUCAAGCUCCAUGGAAGCGGUUUCAAGAUGCCGGCGGGCGGGUGGUGUACCAAGAUGGGACGAGAGCAUACAAGGAGGCCGGGGCCAGCACGGCACGGUAUGAUUUGCUACUCGACUUGGGUGAAAAGAUUGGGCUGGAUACACUCCUGAAGGGUUGGGAGGCUUUCCUAAUUAGCGUAACUCUGUUUAUUCUUUCCUAUGCCAUUAGAAUUACAAUGGCGUAUACACUGGAAAGCAAAUCUCUGGGCUCAACUCUACGUGGUGUUGGUUUAGGGACGAUCGCACAGUUUAGAGGCAUACCGUAUGGCAAAAUUGUUUCGCGAUUUGCGGAACCCGAGCCAAUAGUGGCCUUGCCGCAAGACAUCAACUGUACUGAGUUUGGCCCUCGGUGUCCUCAAGUCAAGGUUGAUGUAGGGCAUCUAUUGCGCAUACCUCCUGAGCACAGGCUACCCGUUGAAGCCGAAGACGAGUUUCGAUGCCUCAACUUGGACGUUACGGUGCCCAAACCACAAGAACUACUGAGCGACCAAAGAUUACCUGUUUUGGUCUGGAUACACGGCGGCUCACAGGCGGUUACUUUUGGAAGCGCGGCCUCCGGCGUGUGCGACACGAGAAGAAUUGUGGAAGAUUCCGUGAGCUCGAGUAAACCCGUCAUCAUCGUGACAGUUCAGUAUAGACUGAACAUCUUCGCGUUCGGAAGCGAAAGUAGCUCGAGUAAUCUCGCCCUGAAAGAUCAAUCAUUGGCUCUGAGAUGGGUCACUGAUCACAUUCCGGAUUUUGGAGGUGACCCGAAUGAUGUCUCACUGGCUGGAGAAAGUGCUGGAGCGGUAUACUGCCACGCCCACUUGGCGGCCGGCCUUCGAGUGAGAAGAGUCCUACUCUCUUCCGGUUCGUUGUACCUUUCUCCUCCUCAGCCAAGGGCAAAGGCUUCCGCUCUACGCCAAACACUCCUGAAUCACCUUGGUACACUGGGUGACUGUGACUUAAGCACAGCCCCUGUUGAAAAUCUGAUCAAGGCCAUGGAACUGGCUGGAAUACAUUCGUGGUUCCUCCAGGUGGAUCCUUCUCUUAUUGGGUGGGAGACAGCAAUAGGGGCUGCGGAGAGCGUGAUGAUAGGUGAUGUUCAAGAUGAGGCCGUUCUCUGGCGUGAGGGCAUAUGGAAAAUGGAAGCUUCUGAGAUUGAUCGGGCUUUCAACUAUGCCGGCGAAUAUCAGGACACGCUCAAGAAUCUCUACAACAUUCAUGCUGACAGAAGGUCCUCUUCCAAGAUAGGGGCAUUGGACUUCAUGAACGACUACAAAUUUCUUCUCCCAGCGGAGAACAUUGCUCGCCUAUUUAGGGCAGCAAACAAACCCGCCUAUCGAUAUCUCGUCGAUGAGUGCAAUCCCUGGCAGUCCUCAAAUGGAGCUCAUCACGCGGUGGACUUGCUUUUUCUAUUUGGUGGAUUCGAUCUUUCAUUUGCUCCUGGUGCACAACAGACUGGCAAGCAGAUGCGCAAAUCAGUGAUCAAAUUCCUUCACUCCCAGGAGCCAUGGCAGUUGGGUAGCUAUGCAGCGUUCGGACCUUACGGAAUGUUUCAAGAACUUGAUAGCGCCGGCGUCAAGCUCCGAAGACGAUCGGAACAGGCGGAAUUUCUGCAUUCAGUUCCUUCAGAGAUCUUGGAUAAGGUGUUCUUUGCCCUCGCCGCCGGGAGAAUUAGCUUACUAAACUGAUUGCAUUUACAAAGCGCGUCACAUUAGUACGAAAACACGUACGAGUAGUAGUCCAGUAGUAGUGUGGUGGUUUCAAUAUUUCCAAAGUUUGGCGAAUCUUUCCAGAAUUGAUUUCCCAGAUUCCCGCUAUUGUUGGUACUGCCCAGAAUCGGAGACGUAUGACUCGU